GAUCAGGUGGUUGCGCCUCAACAAACACCACGACGAGACUGUUUGCGCAGUCACGUAGAGAGGACAAGACCCAUGACAAAAUCAAACGUCAUAUCAAGUCCUCAAAGGUAAAUCUGGUCAGUGAAGCGUCGACGCGUUUGGACGUGGGCGAACUCACCUUCACUGUGACCUUCGCUUAGCAAAGCGCGACGACGGCCAUAACACUCCGCAACUCGUUCCUCUCCCACUCACUCCACUUCCCACAGAUGUCAUCUGGAACACCAAAAGAAGCGCCUGCCAUCGCUAAAGACACUGAAAUGGCUCGCCUCAGCGUUUCCGCUAACGCGACACCAAAGACCGAUCGCAAGCCGAGCCGCUUCCGCGGACUUUUCAGACAACAAUCCAGCUCGAACGCAUCAUCCAGUCCCGCUACCUUACAGAAGUCGCCCCCGCCCGUCGCUUCCAGCCCGUUGGCGUCGCCAUAUGUGCGCCCAGGAUACGAACAGAUUGGUCUACUACCCAGCGAGCAGUCCGUGCACAGCCUACAGGAACUUGGUGAGACCGAGUCUGGCGACGAUGAGACGAUUGGUUCUACAGCAGUUGCAAAGUCUUAUCUAGGCGCGAAGGACAACACUCCGAUACGCGAUGCUGGCCGUGGGUCGAGCAGCAACAGUGUAAGACGCUCGCAUGCUGGUCUACUGUCGGAGUCGCAAAUCGAGCGUCUCUUGAAGAAACCGCCCUCCUUCCCUCAUUCAGCUCAUAGCGCCUCUCCGAAACGACAUGUCGGGGGAACAGACCGUAAUUGUGUUGGAUCCGAGGUCGCCAAAAGCCAGGAUAUGUCUCCACGUGCAGCUGGUAAUGCAGACAAGCAAAGCGGGCUGUUAUUGGGUUCUUCCCACAAGAUCGCAGAGACCAUGAACAACGAGAACAGCAGCCAUAUCUCAGAUGCAAGCAUCACGGACUCCGCAACGUGUGAGACACUGCCUAACAUCCCUAGUUAUCCCCAGCACGGCGGCCCAGUAGAAGACCCCAGCCUGGAACACUACAAGACGACCAGCAUCACGCGCACGAACGACUUCCUCAAGACUGCUCGUAUUUCGCCGCGGAUCCCACGUUCCUUCGAGACUGCUGACGAGCACGAUCAUAAAACGCUUUUGGAUGAAGACGAACCUAGCCCCCGCAAGUCUUUCGCGUCUAACAUCUUCGACGACAGUUCGCCCAGUCAAGGCAUCCGCGAGUAUGUCACCAGCAAGAUCGCCGAAGCACUAGCCGAACACAACCGGGAGUGUCAAGACGGUAAUGCUACGGUCAGCAACGUCAACCCGUCGAACCUCAUCGUCAAGAUCGAUACGACUGGUCUUGCCAGGGCAACUACCUCUGAGGGAUUGACGAUGGACGAGAGGAAGAUCGGUGACUUCCCGGAGCGUUUUACCAUCGGUCCUUUCGAGGUCGGGAAUGCGCGUCUUGAAAGGGAUGCUCAAUUCAGCAUAAUGGCUAUCCAUGCGGUCACCUUGCUCUGCGCAUCUCUUCGAGGACCCAAGAGUCUACUCCUUGCUCUCUGGAACAUGGCGAUCAUUCUUGGAAUCUACGCCGCUGUGCUGCGUCAGUUGCGUUGGACUGAGGAUUUCGAGCGCGAUGUACUUCUAGCGCCUGUGUGCUUCGCCGCGAGUGUGAUCGCUAGUGUAUGCGAACAGCUACUAGGCCAGAUGCGCAUGAUGAUGGUUGAGGUGCUCGCUGAAGCCUUGGAACGCGUCGCUCGAGGCUGCGAUAUGCAAGUGCACACCGAGUAGAUGUCUUGAGACAGCAUGGCGAUACUUGAUGUAUCGAUUGGUAGCGGUUGAAAGCAUAGCCGCAGCUAAGGCUGAUAGCUCCAUGAAUGGAGAUACAAUAUGACCCUUUGAUGCCUUUGCAGAUAGUGAUGUGAUGAGGACAUGAGAGAAGCCGCAGGUUAGACCCUGCAGAUGAUGACGCCCGCAUACAUGUCAUAGCUCGACAUCAAUAACUGAACCGAGCGCUGCUUCGUUGCGCAAGACCUCAACCGCAUAUUCGCGGUUGGACGUCCAGUAGGCACAGUCUCAGCUUUUCGCCAUGACGCGCUUUGGUUUUCCUGAGUAACGCAUCUACAUCAGCUGCGGACUUGCCGACACAGCGUAAACCAAACCCUAACAGUUGAUAUAAGAUUCCAGCUCGCGGUCAUCAAAUCAAGUGACUAUGG